AGGUGGCCCUUAGUAGCUAGUUAUGUUGCUUAUUCUAUUUAUUGCUGACCCUUUAUUAUAUUCAAUGUUUUUCACGUUUUAGGACAUAAGCUUUCUCAGCAAAGACGAGAUUUUGUAGCCCUUUAUGUCACAGUUUGUUUGAGCAGCAAAGAGAAGCUACAAAGAAGAUGGAGGAUUUUUGGAGCAUCAUUUGUGGGGAUUCUGGAUGUUCUGUUACUGGAGGAAAGCCUUUCUGUUAUGAUUUCAAGCUUUUGAAAGAUCCUUCCACUUGCAUCAACCAUUUGUUGAUCAUUGGCUUUGAUGUGUCACUGCUGAUCAUGCUGUCAUUCACUAUGAUCCAGAAAUCUUCUUCGAGACCAUUUUGGGAUCUAAUCAAGUUGGGAAGAUAUUCAAACUUGCAACUAGUUUCAGCCAUAACCAGUGGCUCUCUUGGGUUGCUGCAUUUGUGCUUAGGCAUUUGGGUUUUAGAGGAGAAGUUAAGGGAAAUGCACACUGCCUUUCCUCUUAAUUGGUGGUUGCUAGAAUUCUUUCAAGGAUUCACAUGGUUGUUAGUAGGUUUAACUGUAAGCCUUCAGCUGAAACAACUUCCAAGAGCAUGGUUGUGGCUGUUUUCUAUUCUUAUAUUCUUUGUUUCUGGUAUUCUCUGUGCUUUAUCCAUGUCUUAUGCCAUUAGCAGCAGAGAAUUGUCCCUCAAGGAAGCUUUAGAUGUUCUAUCUUUUCCGGGAGCAAUUUUACUGCUCUUAUGCACACAUAAAGUACGUAAGUGUGAAGACAAUGAUAGAGAAAUUGAUGAAAGCCUUUAUGCUCCUUUGAAUGGCCAGUUGAAUGAAGUUGAUCCUAUUAACUAUGUAACCCCAUUUGCCAAAGCUGGAUUCUUCAGUAAGAUGUCAUUUUGGUGGUUGAAUCCAUUGAUGAAAAGGGGUCAAGAGAAAACACUUGAGGAUGAGGAUAUCCCAAAGUUGCGGGAUUCAGAUAGAGCAGAAAGUUGCUAUUUGAUGUUUGUAGAACGAUUGAACAGAAAGAAACAGAAAGAACCACCAUCACAGUCGUUGGUUUUGUGGACAAUAGUUUUGUGCCACUGGAGGGAGAUUUUGAUAUCAGGAUUCUUUGCAUUGCUCAAAGUAAUAACUCAGUCUUCUGGUCCUGUACUUUUGAAUUCCUUUAUAUUGGUUGCUGAGGGUAAUGAAAGAUUCAAAUAUGAAGGUUAUGUAUUGGCUAUAUCACUUUUCUUUAUAAAGAUCAUAGAAUCCUUAUCACAAAGGCAGUGGUAUUUCCGCACUAGACUUGUUGGGAUGAAAGUCAGGUCACAGCUUACAGCCGCCAUUUAUAAAAAACAAUUGAGGUUAUCCAAUGCUGCUAGAUUGACUCACUCUGGUGGUGAGAUAAUGAAUUAUGUGACUGUGGAUGCUUAUAGAAUUGGAGAAUUUCCAUUUUGGUUUCACCAGACAUGGACAACAAGCUUUCAACUAUGUAUUGCAUUAGUAAUUCUUUUCCGUGCUGUUGGGUUGGCAACAAUUGCCUCAAUGGUGGUCAUAGUUCUCACUGUUCUUUGCAAUGCUCCACUAGCAAAGUUACAGCACAAGUUUCAGAGCAAACUUAUGGUGGCACAAGAUGAGAGAUUGAAGGCUAGUUCUGAGGCUUUGGUGAAUAUGAAAGUGCUGAAGCUAUAUGCAUGGGAAACACAUUUUAAAAAUGCUACAGAAAGCCUAAGAAAUGUAGAACUCAAAUUGUUAGCGGCAGUGCAAUUAAGAAGGGCAUACUUAGUCUUUCUCUUUUGGACCUCCCCUAUGUUGGUCUCUGCUGCUACUUUUGUGGCAUGUUACUUCCUGGAAGUUCCUUUACAUGCAAAUAAUGUUUUCACUUUUAUAGCAACUUUACGCCUUGUGCAAGAACCAAUUACUGCCAUCCCAGAUGUUAUUGGGGUGGUAAUUCAAGCAAAAGUUGCAUUUGCUCGGAUUGUUAAAUUCCUUGAGGCACCUGAACUGCAGAGUGAAAAUUUCAGGAACAAGAGUUCUAAUGACAAUCUCAGAGGCUCAAUUUCAAUCAAAUCUGCUGACUUUUCAUGGGAAGGUAAUGUAUCAAAGCCAACACUAAGGAACAUGAAUUUGGAAGUUAGAUAUGGGCAAAAGGUGGCUAUUUGUGGAGAAGUUGGGUCAGGAAAAUCAACCCUCUUAGCAACAAUUCUUGGAGAAGUUCCUAAUACAAAGGGAACUAUUGAAGUUUAUGGAAAGUUUGCAUAUGUUUCUCAAACUGCAUGGAUACAGACGGGUACAAUAAGGGAAAAUAUUUUGUUUGGAUCUGAUUUGGAUGCUCAAAGAUAUCAAGAAACACUUCAUAGAUCUUCACUACUGAAGGACCUUGAGUUGUUUCCCCAUGGGGACCUCACUGAAAUAGGUGAGAGAGGAGUUAACCUGAGUGGAGGACAGAAGCAGCGAGUUCAACUUGCCCGUGCUCUUUAUCAGAAUGCUGAUGUAUAUCUCUUGGAUGAUCCAUUCAGUGCAGUUGAUGCACAUACUGCUACAAAUUUGUUUAAUGAAUACAUCAUGGAUGGGCUUAAAGGAAAGACUGUCUUGCUCGUGACUCAUCAAGUUGACUUCCUCCCAGCGUUUGAUUCUGUUUUGUUGAUGUCAGAUGGGGAAAUCCUACAAGCUGCUCCAUAUCACCAUCUGUUGAACUCAAGCAAAGAAUUCCAGGACCUUGUCAAUGCUCACAAGGAAACUGGUGGUUCUGACCAGCUUGUGAAUGUUACUUCUGCACAGAGACAGACAAAUUCUGUUAAAGAGAUUACACAAACUUUCUUGGAGAAAAAUUUUAAAGCAGCAGAUGGAAAUAAAUUAAUUAAGCAAGAAGAGAGAGAGAUAGGAGACAAAGGGUUGAAGCCUUACUUACAGUAUCUGAAUCAGAUGAAAGGCUAUAUAUACUUCAUUGUGGCUUCCCUUUGUCACCUUUCUUUUGUCAUUUGCCAGAUAUUGCAAAACUCAUGGAUGGCUGCUAAUGUUGACAAUCCCCAUGUCAGCACUUUGAGAUUGAUUCUAGUUUACUUCAUGAUUGGAGCUAUUUCAACAGUUUUCUUGUUGAUCAGAGGUCUACUUGUGGUUGCUUUAGGUCUUCAAUCAUCAAAAAAUUUAUUUUUGAAGUUAAUGAACUCCCUUUUUCGUGCACCCAUGUCUUUUUAUGACUCUACACCUUUGGGAAGGAUACUUAGUAGGGUCUCAUCAGAUCUGAGCAUUGUGGAUCUUGAUGUCCCAUUUACCCUCACUUUUACUGUGGCAGGUACUAUAAAUUGUUAUUCCAAUCUUACAGUUUUAGCAGUUGUCACUUGGCAAGUGUUGGUUGUCUCUAUACCAAUGAUUUACAUUGCAAUUCGCUUGCAGAGAUACUACUUUGCCUCUGCAAAAGAAGUGAUGCGGAUGAAUGGCACAACAAAAUCCUUUUUGGCUAAUCAUUUAGCUGAAACUGUUGCUGGGGCUGUGACAAUAAGGGCUUUUGAGGAGGAAGAUCGUUUUUUUAAGAAGAAUCUUGAUCUAAUUGAUACCAAUGCUAAUCCUUUCUUCCAUAGUUUUGCCUCAAAUGAGUGGUUGAUCCAAAGGUUAGAAACAGUUUGUGCAUUUGUUCUUGCCUCCGCGGCUCUUUGCAUGGUUAUGCUUCCUCCUGGGACUUUAGCCUCUGGAUUUAUUGGCAUGGCCCUUUCUUAUGGCCUUUCACUAAACGCUUCCUUGGUAUUUUCCAUUCAAUUUCAAUGCACUCUAGCAAAUUAUAUAAUAUCUGUGGAGAGGCUAAAUCAGUAUAUGCAUAUACCAAGUGAGGCCCCAGAAAUGAUAGAAGGAAAUCGUCCUCCUAAGAAUUGGCCACUUGCAGGAAAAAUAGAAAUAAAUGACUUGCAGAUACGAUACAGGCCUAAUGGACCACUUGUACUCCAUGGAAUCACAUGCACAUUUAAAGCAGGACACAAGAUUGGUAUUGUUGGUAGGACAGGUAGUGGGAAGUCCACUCUUAUAGGAGCUUUAUUUCGUCUUGUGGAGCCAGCAGGAGGAAAAAUUGUAGUUGAUGGCAUAGAUAUCUCAUCUAUUGGCCUUCAUGAUUUGAGGUCACGUUUUGGUGUUAUACCUCAGGAUCCUACCCUUUUUAAUGGGACAGUUAGAUAUAAUUUGGACCCUUUAUCUCAACAUUCUGAUCUAGAGAUAUGGGAGGUUCUUGGUAAGUGUCAGUUGCGAGAAGCUGUCCAAGAGAAAGAAGAGGGCUUAAACUCCUCAGUUGUUGAAGAUGGAUUAAACUGGAGCAUGGGACAAAGGCAGUUAUUCUGUUUGGGGCGUGCUCUUUUGAGGAGAAGUAGGAUAUUGGUGCUGGAUGAAGCAACUGCAUCAAUUGAUAAUGCAACCGAUUUGAUUCUGCAGAAAACUAUUAGGACUGAGUUUGCAGAUUGUACAGUGAUCACAGUGGCACACAGGAUUCCAACCGUUAUGGAUUGCACUAUGGUUCUUUCAAUAAGUGAUGGAAAAUUGGCUGAGUAUGAUGAACCAAUGAACUUGAUGAAGAGAGAAGGAUCACUGUUCAGGCAGCUUGUCAAGGAAUACUGGUCUCAUUUUCAGUCUGCAGAAUCACAUUGAUGCUGACAAUUAAUUAUCUUUUUUUAUGCAGCACUGUUCAAGAAAAUUUGAUCAGAUAUAUGAUGUAAAAUGUGUUUUGUUAGGAUAAGUAUGAGGCCUGAGAGGUAGGAAAGGAAUGUGGGGAAUGAAAAGAAAGGUGCAAGAGGAUUCAAAUGCACUACUUCGAGGAUGGUGUAUGAGCCUUAUUGAAAGAUUUUGUUUUUGAAGGCGAAGUCCUUGCUAACGAAGUUAGUCUAUAAUCGAAAGACUAGUUUCAUAUUAUAAUAUUCUAUAUUGUGCAUGCGUGAUUAAUGUAA